AUUUGCCAUUGCCAGUUCUAUAAUAAGUAUUAAGAAGUAUCACUAACGACUUGUCAUAUUAUUUAUAACUAAAACAUUUACUUAGUUUAGAAGACGACAUUACAUUUGAUUUGUUGGUGCAAAAUAUUACAUUAUUUACAUUAUAAAAUAGUUGUGUACCUAUGUUUCGGUGAUAAAUAUCAAACAUUUAAAGAAUGACGGCAACAGCAUCAGCUGCGACUGCUUCAAUUGACGAAGAUCUAGACGAGUGUGGACCACAGCUUAUUAGCAAGUUGGAGGGUAAUGGCAUUACAUCAGGUGAUAUCAAAAAGCUUGAAGAAGCUGGCUACCACACUGUGGAGUCAGUGGCAUAUGCUCCUAAGAAAUGGCUUAUAACAAUUAAGGGAAUCUCAGAAGCUAAAGCUGACAAAAUACUUUUAGAGGCAUCAAAACUUGUUCCUAUGGGCUUUACCACUGCCACAGAGUUUCAUCAAAAGAGAGCUGAAAUAAUUCAACUUACAACGGGAUCCAAAGAAUUAGACCGGUUGCUGGGUGGUGGAAUAGAAACUGGCUCCAUCACGGAAAUAUUUGGGGAAUUUCGAACAGGCAAGACACAGCUAUGUCACACUUUGGCUGUUACAUGUCAGCUCCCAAUCGAGCAAUCUGGUGGUGAAGGCAAGUGUAUGUACAUAGACACAGAAGGGACAUUCCGUCCUGAGAGGCUGCUGGCUGUUGCACAACGUUACGGUAUGGACGGCGCCGCAGUACUCGAUAAUGUGGCAUACGCUCGAGCUUAUAACACGGACCACCAGACCCAACUGCUGGUGCAGGCUUGUGCGAUGAUGGCUGAAUCAAGAUAUUCUCUUAUCAUAGUGGACAGUGCUACAGCACUUUAUCGGACUGAUUACUCUGGGCGAGGGGAACUAAACCCUCGGCAACAGCAUUUAGGUCGUUUUAUGAGGAUGCUACUAAGAUUGGCUGAUGAGUUCGGUGUGGCCGUCAUAAUAACGAAUCAAGUGGUCGCUCAAGUGGAUGCAGUGGGCGUCUUCAAUGCAGACACCAAGAAACCAAUUGGAGGACAUAUUAUUGCUCAUGCGUCCACCACGCGAUUGUAUUUAAGAAAGGGCAGAGGCGACAAUCGCGUAUGCAAGAUUUACGACAGCCCUUGCUUACCGGAAACGGAGGCCAUGUUUGCUAUUAGCGCUGAAGGUAUCACAGAUGCUAAAGAGUAAUUUUUUUUUCAACAAUGUGACGGCAAAGGAAACAGGUUAAGCCAUGAAUUAAUUUUAAUAUUGUAAGGUGUGUAAAUAAAUAAUCAUUUAAUUGUAAU